AUGUCACAAUUUUCCAAUUUCAAUCUCUCCUCUGACUUGCCUGCCUGGAAGAAGCUCGAGGCUGUUUACGAGCAGGUUGGCAAGACCAUCAAGGUUAAGGAUGAGUUUGCCCAUGACCCUAAGCGUUUUGAUAAGUUUUCUGAAACGUUCAAGAACUUUGACGAGCUGGAGAUUUUGUUUGAUUUCUCCAAGAACAUUAUCAACGAUGAAGUGAAGAAGGAAUUGCUCGAGUUGGCCAAGGAGGCUGGCGUUGAGCACCUUAGGGAUGAAAUGUUCAAGGGCUCCAAGAUCAACGAGACAGAGGGCAGAGCCGUGUACCACGUGGCUUUAAGAAACAGACUGUUGAAGGAGAUGAAGGUGGACGGUGAAAACACUGCUCCUGAGGUGGACCUGGUGCUCCAGCACAUGAAGGAGUUCUCUGACGAUAUCAGAUCUGGAAAAUGGACCGGUUACACCGGUAAGGCCAUCACCGAUGUGGUUAACAUUGGAAUUGGUGGUUCUGACUUGGGUCCAGUUAUGGUUACCGAGGCAUUGAAGGCUUACUCCAAGCCUGGCCUUAAUGUCCACUUUGUGUCUAACAUUGAUGGUACUCACUUGGCUGAGGCCUUGAAGGGCUUGAACCAGGAGACCACUUUGUUCUUGAUUGCUUCUAAGACCUUCACUACUGCUGAAACCACCACCAACGCUAACUCUGCCAAGGCUUGGUUCUUGGAGAAGGCUAAGAAGGACGAUAUUGCUAAGCACUUCGCUGCUCUUUCCACCAACGCCGAGGAGGUUUCCAAAUUCGGUAUCGACACCAAGAACAUGUUCGGUUUUGAGAGCUGGGUCGGUGGCCGUUACUCUGUUUGGUCUGCCAUUGGCUUGUCUGUGGCCAUCUACAUUGGUUUCGAUAACUUCAACGACUUCUUGAAGGGUGCUGAAGCCUUUGACCACCAUUUCACCACCGCUCCUUUGGAGCACAACAUCGCCGUUCUCGGUGGUAUCUUGUCUGUGUGGUACAACAACUUCUUUGGCGCCCAGACCCACUUGGUCGCUCCUUUCGACCAGUACAUGCACAGAUUCCCAGCCUACCUCCAGCAAUUGUCCAUGGAGUCCAACGGUAAAUCUGUCACUAGAGGCAACUCUUUCACCAACUACCAGACCGGUACCAUCUUGUUCGGUGAGCCAGCCACCAACGCCCAGCACUCUUUCUUCCAGUUGGUCCACCAGGGUACCAAGUUGAUCCCAGCCGACUUCAUUCUUGCUGCUCAGUCUCACAACCCUAUUGAGAACAACUUGCACCAGAGAAUGUUGGCCUCCAACUUCUUUGCCCAGUCUGAGGCCUUGAUGGUCGGUAAGGACGAGAACCAGGUCCAGCAGGAAGGUGCUACCGGUGGCUUGAUCCCACACAAGGUCUUCUCUGGUAACAGACCUACUACUUCUAUCUUGGCCCAAAAGAUCACCCCAGCUACUUUGGGUGCUUUGAUCGCCUACUACGAGCACGUUACCUUUGUUGAAGGUGCCAUCUGGAACAUCAACUCGUUCGACCAGUGGGGUGUUGAGUUGGGUAAGGUUUUGGCCAAGGCCAUCGGCAAGGAGUUGGACAACUCCAGCGACGUGAGCGACCACGACCCAUCCACCAACGGUUUGAUCAACCAGUUCAAGAAGUGGAGCGCAUGA